AUUUACCAUAUAUAUCCGCGAGAUGAAGUGAAAGUUUAGGAGGAACAAAGCAAAUAGUCUUCAGCCUUUGGUUAACUGAUCUUCAACUUAAUUUUGGUUUAAUUUGUACUGAAGAUUUUACCAUGAGACUCUGCAUCCUGUUUCUCUGUCUCCUUUUGGUCAGAGUCUCUGCUGUGAGAAGACUGAACAAUAUUAAUGACUUGAAAAAUGUUAACUAUGGCAGACCUGCUCCUCGUCAUGGACUCCAAAUGUUGUUCUGGUUUUCCCAGCGAGGAAAUGUUGAUCAAAAUAGAUUUAUCAUUAAUUUUAACCCAGUAAGAGGCGACUUUGGCUUCCAUUAUUUUGGAAAUAGAGGCCCUGCAAUCCUUCCUAACAGAAACGAUCUAACAUACUAUUCUGUUGGAAAUCUAAAUCACAGAAGAGCAACUGAACUGCCAGACUAUGUGCGGAGGUAUAGCAAUGAUUGUUCACUAGAAUCUAACAUGGACAGGCUCAUAGUUUCUGUAGACCAAAACAAUCCACAAAGGAUUCACAAUGUCUAUAUUACAGCACAUCAGAGAGGCAGAAAUUCCUUUGAUCCAGAUGCCACAUAUGAGAUUGCUCCUCCUCUGAUACAACAGUUAAGGGCUGAUCGUAGACAGGUAUGCACUGUGAAUCAGAAUUAUAAUUUUGCUAUUUUUGACGGAAACACAGAAGAUACAGAAGAUGAGAAAUGCCGUAAGUUUCUGGAGGAUAUGCAGUACAACAGAAGAACCAAACGUUCAGUUGAUGUCAGAUGUGAUGCAGUGAGAGAAAUGAAACUAAGAGCAACCAAUAAUGGGUCCUCGAAAAUCAUAUGGAAGAACAUGCCUGCUGAAGAAAUGGAAACAAAGUCAUACAUUGAAAUUAUCCAAAACAGUUAUUCCAGUGGUACUCCUAGUGUAAAGUUCAGUGAAAAGCUUUAUGAAUCGGAAGGUUUUGAAUCUAGAACUUUAGAAACUUCAGUCCCGUUAAAUGGUGGUCUUCAACUCCGACUGAGGCUGUACACAUCAUAUCGGGCUUACUUUUGUUAUGGACCAGAACUUGAUGAUGCAAACAAAGUGAUCCCCACAAGAAUAAAGGGGUUUGAUGCUAGUCUGCAGCUAUACACUAAAGAUGGUUAUGCUUGUGCUCGGCUCUACAUCAAGAAGACCUUCACAAACUGGAAAAAUGACUUCGACUGCUCAUGGGUGGGAUUUUACACAGGUAACCAAAUGUCAAGUAAUAAAUAUAGCACAUAUCAAUAUGCUGUCAAUUUUAAAAAAGUGGAAGGAGAUGCGACAGAGGUUUAUGAUAUUUAUACAUACCAGUCAAGUUUAGCAAUUGCUUAUGGAGUUCAGAUUCGCUUUCUACUGGACAAAACGUAUAAUCAUGAACUUGCACAAACUACACCCUGGGAAGGUGCUAAAGAAGUGAGGAUAUCACCAUUAUUUUUACUAGAUUGUGACGAUCCUAUAGAUAAAUACGUGUCUGGUCCAAAGUUAUUUUAUGGAGCAGAAUUCGAUGAUGCUAACAGAGUUAUGCCUACAACAAUAGAGGGGUUUGAUGCUAGUCUGCAACUUUUCACUAAAGAUGGCAAAGCUUGUGCUCGGCUUUACGUCAAGAAGACCUUGAGCAAUUGGAAAAAUGUAAAUAACUUCUACAACUCAUGGGUUGGGUUCUACAGUAGUCCUACAGAUUUCAAUAACAAAUAUUACACAUAUAACUAUGCUGUAAAUUUUGACAAAGUGGAAGGAGAUAACACAGAGGAUUAUGAUGUUUAUACAUACCAUUCAAGUUUAUGGAUUGCUGAUGGAGUUCAGAUUCGCUUCCUAUGUGACAAAAAUUACGACUGUGAACGAGCACGAACUAAAUCCUGGGAGAGUGUUUGAAAACAUGCCAUUACAAUGAAAAUACAAUGAAAGCUUUAAAACUAUAUAAAACUAUAUCCACAAAGAAUGUUACACUUGUGUGCUCUUUGGAAGCUUUACUGUACUGUACUUGCUAACUAAUUGCUUGAUGUAUAUUAAUUUUAAUUGUUACAUUUAAUUAACAAAACGAUUAGUUUCAUGCUAACAAUAGUAUUGUGAAAUUUAUCAAAUUACAUAACAAUAAAUCAAAUGAUAAAUAUUUUGAAAUAAAUAUAAAACCUUAUGAUUGUAUAUGAAUUUAUGAUCUAUUAAAAUGCAUCUA